AUGCCAGAAAAGGAAUUAGAUUACAUUAGGUCCACAGAUGCUGCUGGAUCCACCGAAAAAGACGGUGGAAUUUAUAUUGAUGCCUUUGACAAACAAGAUAACGCCCCACCAAAGAAAGGGUUUGCCAAAUUCAUUGAUGGUUUCAGACGUGCUGAUGCUGAAGAAUUAGGUAUUGAUCCUAACUUGUCAGAAGCAGAAAAAAUUGCCAUUAUGACUGCAAACUCCCCAUUGACUCGUUCAUUGAAAAAUAGACAUUUACAAAUGAUUGCUAUUGGUGGUAGUAUUGGUACUGGUCUUUUCGUUGGUUCGGGUUCUUCUUUACAUACUGGGGGUCCAGCUGGGCUUUUGAUUGCUUAUAUACUUAUUGGAACUAUGAUUUAUUGUACAGUUAUGUCCCUUGGGGAAUUGGCUGUUACUUUCCCUGUAUCUGGUGCUUUUGUUACUUAUAAUAGUCGUUUUAUUGAUCCAAGUUGGGGGUUUGCCAUGGCUUGGAAUUAUGCUAUGCAAUGGCUAGUGGUGUUGCCCUUGGAAUUGGUUGCUGCAGCAAUGACGGUGAAAUAUUGGGAUGCCAAAACAAACCUGGCGGCGUUCGUGGUUAUUUUCUAUGUUUUGAUUGUUGCUAUUAACUUUUUUGGUGUCCGUGGUUACGGUGAAGCUGAAUUUAUAUUUAGUGCCGUUAAAGUUUUGGCUGUUUUGGGUUUCAUUAUUUUGGGUAUUGUAUUGUGUGCUGGUGGUGGUCCACAAGGUGGUUAUAUUGGAGGUAAAAACUGGUAUAUUGAAGGUGCUCCAUUCCCUAAUGGUGCUAAAGGUGUCAUAACGGUGUUUGUGAAUGCUGCCUUUGCUUUCGCUGGUACUGAAUUGUGUGGAUUGGCUGCUGCUGAAACCGAAAACCCAAGAAAAUCAUUACCAAAAGCUUGUAAGCAAGUUUUCUGGAGAAUCACUUUAUUCUAUGUCAUCUGUUUGACUUUAGUUGGGUUAUUGGUUCCAUGGAAUGAUGAAAGAUUAUUGGGUAGUUCUUCUGCUGAUGCUUCUGCUUCUCCAUUCGUCAUUUCAAUUAGAAAUGCUGGUAUUAAAGGUUUACCAUCAGUUAUGAAUGUUGUUAUUAUGAUUGCUGUCUUAUCUGUUGGUAACUCCUCUGUCUAUGGUUCCUCAAGAACUUUGGCUGCUUUGGCUGCUUCCAACCAAGCUCCAAAAAUAUUUGGUUACAUUGAUAAACAAGGUAGACCGUUAGUUGGUAUUAUUGCCCAAUUGCUUGUUGGUUUAUUAUGUUUCCUUGCUGCAUCCGAUAAACAAGGUGAAGUUUUCAAUUGGUUGUUGGCCUUGUCUGGUUUGUCUUCUAUUUUCACUUGGGGAUCAAUUAAUGUUUGUUUGAUUAGAUUCAGAAGAGCAUUGGCUGCUCAAGGUAGAGACACUGGUGAAUUGGUUUUCACUUCUCAAGUUGGUGUUAUUGGUGCUAUUUGGGGUGCUUUUUUGAACACUGUUGUUCUUUGUUUACAAUUCUGGAUUGCUGUGUGGCCAUUGCAUUCUUCCCCAAGUGCUGAAGCUUUCUUCAGUGCUUACUUGACUGUUCCUGUUGUUAUUGUUUUCUACGUUGGUCAUAAACUCUGGACCAAGAAUUGGCAAGUCUACAUUUGUGCCAAGGAUAUUGAUAUCGAUACUGGUAGAAGAGAAUUGGACUUGGACUUGGUCAAACAAGAAGUUGCCGAAGAAAAGGCUUACAUUGCUUCUUUGCCAUUCUACAGAAGAGUCUACAAUGCUUGGUGUUGA